AUGAAAUUACUCGGUACCAAUCCGUCAAGGACCAGUUUGUAUGAGCAUGCGACGAAUUUCCGCUGGGACAAUACUCUGCGAAGCGACGAGUUUGCGCCGAUGUCGUUUGUGUCUUCGCGAAACCAGCGACUGAAUUUCGAUCGGCUCAACGACCGUUCGUCCACUCUCGAGAACAUUAAAGACUCCACCGAUGAACUUUAUCUGGGUGACCAGCAAUUUGGUGCGAUGGACAAUCUGCGGAUCAGCCUCGAUACUCUGCGGCUGAAACUUCCCUUUUUGGACCAGAUAAAGCGCAGAACGACAACAAAAGUGCAGCCGAGAGGACCUAGAAAAAGACAGGUCCAGCUCAGCUAUUACGGUGAAGAGGCUGACGACGACGCCGAUUCGCGUCCCCUGUUUAUGAAACAGACGAACGUGAAAUACAGAAAGAAAGCAAGGUCCAUCAGUGACAAGAAAACAGCAGGUUCUGUUGUACAGUAUGAAAGUGCAAAAUUUCUAGAGUAUCCGCAGCUUUCGAUUCCGCAACCCCCUGCAAACUACGUGUCUACCAACUUUGUCGAUAAGCUUGAGGGCGAGCUUUCAAACAGGCUGUCAUCGCAUGAUUACCGGUUGAUUUUAAACAACUACAGCUACGUUCCUCUGGAAGAUGUUGAACGCAAAUUUGCGCUGUAUCUGUACGUACAGAGCCGGCUCCACGACGCAGAUACGCUUAUCGACACUGAAAACGAACGCCUGCUGCAAAACUACCUCAACUCCUUAAAGAAUAAUAAAUUUGUCGAGUCCGCUGACGACACAGACGAAGCAGCCAGCGAGAUGGUGCGACGCAAAAACCAGCGGGUGCGACGCAUAGAGCGCCACAUCGAGCUGGACGAGCGAGUCGCUCGCAGACUCGGUCUCCAUAAAUAGUAUAAUUAUUCCAGCGCAAGGUCGCCUAGCUGCUCGCGCAGUUUUCUUUCUCGUGCUUCUCGUAUCUUUUGGUCCUUUUUAAUACUGCUUAGGCGUCCUGUUUCUGACUUCCACGCUUUAUCGUGUUCCUGGUACUCCUCGUCCGCUGAUAUGUAUUGGGCAGCCUCGUUAUCCGGCGGGGCCAGCAGGCUGCGCACCUCUCUGGAAGAAAUAUAGUGCACGUUCAGCUCGGAGCCAAAAAUAUAUCUGAGAUGCAAUAGUCGGAUGUAUUCGAACCAGCUGGUGAUUGGCAGCGUCUUAGACCCGCUGAGCCUGAAUCUCGACAACACUUCUGUCUCGUCGUUUUCUUCGUGCUCCUGUUUCUCGAUACUCCGCAGAACGUCUCUGAAUAUUGACCGAGACUCUUUUUUAUCCUUCUUGCUCACUUUCUUCGAGGAAUAUCUCACCAGCUGCGUCAGAAUACCCUUCAGGUCGUCUAUAUCGUGGUAAGGUUCCUCCUCCUCCUCAUAGUCAAACACCUCGUACAUCAGCGCAAUCACAACAGCGGCUGUUUUCUGUACCUUCUUGGUGAACUCCUCAGCCAGGAAAUUCAUCAAAAGCGGAAUGUUGUCCUGUAUGGUGGCGUUGACCUCGCGUCCGGCUUUAUAAAGCAGACUCACCACAACACCAACUGCAUUGAGAGCAUUCACAACAAUAUCCUCGUCAUUUUCGGUUAGACUGCCGGAACCAAACCCUUCCGCCAGCUCCAUCAGAGUCUCGACGCUAUUUUCCAGGCCGUAGCAAUGCGACUCGUUGUAGAUCACUAAAAGCAAGCUCGCAUAUGCAAUUAAACAGCUCGAACGAACGCCCUCGAAGGUCUCCUCUGUGCUGUAGAUUUUAUCAAGCAGAACAGGAAACAAACUCUCCACAGCUACCGUAGCCACCUCGUCUGGGUCGCUGGCUAUGUAAGCGACCGCCGAGCGCAGAGAAAACACAAAUUCGAGCCCAGAACGCGCCGUCUUGACAAACGAGAUCAACGACUCCAGGUCCGUCUCAUUGACCACCUUUCCGUUGGAGCCCAAGGGCUUUUUCACAAUCAUACGAUACAGUUCGCCAAGCAAAAAUUCUCGCGACGACGAGUUGAUUUUGCUUCUGGAUUGGCCCAGCGCCGUUAUCACGUCCGAAACAGUGUAUAUUUUCACCACGCCCCCGUCGUCGCCGGCCUCGCCAGUGUCUUCCUCGCUGUCGAUGAUGGACCCGAUCAGCGAGUUUGCCCUGCUCUCCUGUCGGCUCAUCGGUGACCCGGCCACCGCCACAGUGGACGACAGGGACUCCGUGCUUUGUAUUUUUUGGCGCAGCAGGUCGUCCAGCCUCAUGAAGCUCAUGUCCAUCAGGCUGUCGUCAAACUCGUUGUAUUCGGCGUCCAUAUUGGGGCUCUUCAGACUAGGACUGCGUAGUCCAGACUUAGACGACGCCCUACCGUCCGAACGCG